CUCGUCUUCACAGCACGUUUCUAUGUACGAUUUUCUUGCACUAACCGGCUUUUAGAUGAUCUGGAAACCGAGCACGCUGCAGCUAUUGGACAACAAGCCGGCCCCAAUGAAUUGAUAACUUCAUCACGGGCGCUCACUGCUGCCGCAGUGAAGGCUAAGUCGGCUGCUGCACUCGCCUGCACGCAUCCAGGCGAGGUGUCGUUGGCCGGGGAGCAGCUUAAGCGGGUCGCUGGCGAGUUCACUCGCCAUUUGCGCUCCGCCUGUCAGGUGACCGUUCAACGAGAGGCUAGACGACGUCAUAACCGUAAAAGAUCGCAGACUCACGACCCUUCUUCUUCAGAAGAGGAGGAGGAGCAGGGAGAUGCGGUGACUGAUGACGAAAAUGGCAGAGGAACUAGUAGCACAACUAGCUCAACCGAAGGCGUUCAGACGUCUGGUUAUCAAAGCUUAGCAUGCCGAACUCAAGCACUUCCAAGUAGAGAGUGUCGGGAAACUUGCGAUAAAGUCCUGGAACAAGGCCGAAUUUCUCUGAUGGAGAUCAAACAGAUCAUGAUAGACAUGAAUAAGGUCAGCUUGCUAUAA